GGCAGGGCCGCAGCCAUGGCCGACACCGCUGCGCCGCCGCCACCGCCCGCCGCGCCCACCCCGGGGCUCCCGGCAGCUCCCGGCACCAACCCGCUGUCUCGCAAGCUCAACAAGAUCCUGGAGACGCGCCUGGACAAUGACAAGGAGAUGCUGGAAGCACUCAAGGCUCUCUCGACUUUUUUUGUGGAAAACAGUUUGCGCACUCGGAGGAACCUGCGUGGAGACAUUGAACGCAGAAGCUUGGCCAUCAAUGAAGAGUUUGUGCACAUAUUCAAGCAAGUUAAAGAGGAACUUGAGAGUAUAAAUGAAGAUGUGCAAGCAAUGAGCAGCUGCUGUGAAGACAUGUCCAGUCGUUUGAAGGCAGCAAAGGAACAAACCCAGGACUUGAUUGUAAAAACCACAAAACUCCAGGCAGAAAAUCAGAGAUUAGAAAUGAAAGCACAAGUUGCAGAUGCAUUCAUAGCAAAAUUCCAGCUGACACCGGAUGAAAUGAAUCUGCUUCGAGGCACAAAAGAUGAGCCAAUUACUGAGGAUUUUUUCAAGGCUCUGGGACGAGUAAAACAAAUUCAUGAUGAUGUCAAGAUUCUCCUCCGAACAAAUCAGCAAAGGGCAGGCUUGGAAAUUAUGGAACAGAUGGCUUUACUGCAAGAGACAUCUUAUGAACGACUUUACAGAUGGACUCAAAAUGAAUGCAGGACAUUGACACAAGAAUCAUGUGACAUUUCUCCAGUUCUUGCUCAAGCCAUGGAAGCCUUACAAGAUAGACCUGUCCUGUACAAGUACACGUUGGAUGAGUUUGGGACAGCUAGAAGGAGUGCUGUGGUCUGUGGCUUUAUAGAUGCUCUUACUAGAGGAGGUCUGGGAGGUACUCCCCGCCCUAUUGAAAUGCACUCUCACGAUCCUCUGAGGUAUGUAGGAGACAUGCUGGCCUGGUUGCAUCAAGCUACCGCAUCUGAAAAAGAACACUUAGAAGCUAUGUUAAAGCUUGUGACUAUUCAAGGUGUGGAAGAAAAUAUUCAAGAAGUAGUUGGACACAUCACAGAAGGUGUCUGCAGGCCUCUAAAGGUUAGAAUUGAGCAGGUGAUUGUUGCCGAGCCAGGAGCAGUUUUACUGUACAAGAUUUCUAAUUUGCUCAAGUUCUACCACCAUACAAUCAGUGGUAUUGUAGGAAACAAUGCAGCCACACUGUUGACAACAAUUGAAGAAAUGCAUUUGUUGAGCAAGAAAAUAUUCUUUAAUAGCCUGAGUCUUCAUGCAAGUAAACUAAUGGACAAGGUUGAGCUCCCACCUCCUGAUCUUGGCCCAAGCUCUGCUCUAAAUCAGACACUUAACUUGCUCCGGGAGGUUCUGGCUUCUCAUGAUUCAUCUGUUAUUCCACUGGAUGCCCGUCAGGCUGACUUUGUGCAGGUUCUGUCUUGUGUGCUAGAUCCAUUGUUACAGAUGUGUACUAUGUCUGCUAGUAAUUUGGGCACAGCUGAUAUGGCAACCUACAUGGUAAAUUCACUUUACAUGAUGAAGACUACUCUGGCUCUCUUUGAAUUCACUGACAAACGUCUAGAGAUGUUACAGUUUCAGAUUGAAGCUCAUUUAGAUACACUCAUAAAUGAGCAAGCUUCCUACGUGCUAACGAGAGCUGGUCUGAGUUACAUUUAUAACGCUCUGCAGCAGCACAAACCAGAGCAGGGUCCUCUUUCAAAUUUGUCAAGUAUGGAUUCCGUGUCCCUGAAGGUUGCAAUGGCUCAAUUUGAUCGCUAUCUGUCUGCUCCAGAUAGUCUCUUAAUGUCCCAGCUGAAUUUCCUUCUGAGUGCCACUGUGAAGAUUUCCACACUAGGAACCUUGAAGCUGCAGUCCCCUGAUCAGCUAGAGGAUCCACUGCAGUAAAUGAAAUCUCUCUGGGUGUUGGUACCUGGCCUGUUUUCAGACCAGUUGCUGCAGCUCUGACUUGAGCAUCCCAUGCCAGAAGAGAUGCUCCCGUGCUGGGCUGAGUCAGUCAGCCCUUCUGCUGUUGGUCCUUGUCACUUUUCCUGGAGGGACGUGGCUUUUCCUGGAGAGAGCAACUCCCCACUUUGUGCUGGGCAGUGAUGGGGGAAGGUGGGAAAAGAGAGGGGUUUGCACACUGCCCACAGCAGGCAGCACUCCCUGCCUGUGACACCCUGACAGCGCCGUUCUGAGAACAGAUGUGUUGUCUGGUACAAAGAGCUCUUUCCUGGGAAGUGGGAGAGCUGGGUUCUGGGCCAAAGGAGUUUGGAAUCAACAUAUCCCAUCUUCCUGGCGAGCACCCAGCCCUCUGACUGUUGUGUAGUAUGAGAUGGGGCAGGUCUGCUUCUUCUGAGUUCAGCAGCUGUGCAUAAAUCAGCGCAAAAUAUGGGAGGCAGGAGAUGGAAUAAGCAAGGAGGAGUAUGCCCUGUGGCACAUACAUAAAGGGGUCUCUGAGACCUCCAAGGUUUGGAUCUUCCUCCAUUUGUUACAUCAGGACCUUAUCUUUGAUUCCAAUAUAUGAGCCCGUGAAACAGAAUCAGGUUCCCAGGACUUUAUCACCCACAGAGUAUCCAGUGAGCAUCAAGGUAAAGAGUCGGGCUUGGGUUGGACCCAAGGUGAUUGGUCGGUGCUGGUGGCAAUUCCUAUGCGCGUUCACUCCUAUGUGUACAAAUUCCUCCUUCCUGCUUUAUAAAAUUGCACACCGCUGAGGAAAUACAAUAUUAAAGUUGUUUUACUUACGGCAAGCAAGCAGCAGCCCAGCCAUGGUGAUUUUUUAUUUUCUAUUACAGGAAAAGAGAAGUUUGCAGGGGUUUGGAAAGGCAAUAAUCUAUUUGUUUUGCGGCACUUCAGAGUGCUCCUCCCUGUUCUCUAAAAUUUAUUACUCUAGCCCUGCAUUUUGUCUGUUAGACUCAGCUGUAAUUAUUUUUAUUAAUGUUUUGAAAUAUGUGUUGAGGGAAAAUACUUUCAGAAUGGCUAAACUUUUCCAUUCGCUUAAAAAAAAAUGUAACCGUUCUUUGAUCCCUUUGCUUGGCUUGCUGAAUCACUUUGUGGGCAACCCAGGAGGUGGGACACUUCUAAAAUUUUGAAAAUUAAACAGAGAGGCCAGACAUAUUUUCAUGAACAAAACACACCCUCCAGAAAGGAACACAGACAUGGGUGUGGGUUUAUUUGAAAUUUACUGCCACCUGCUUCUGAGGGAGAAUGUGGGAAAAGAGACAUUUGCUUAUGAGAACACCCAUCCAAAAUGGCCCAGCUAGGGUUAAUUGCUGCAAAUGGAUGUUAAAUUGAUGUUAUAUUUGAGAAGUUCAGAGGAUUUUCAAAAAUUGUAUAUUCAACUCAUAUAUUGGAUUUACUUGUUAAAGAUUUCCAGAACUGCUACAUCUUUUCCCCACCAGUCUUAAGAACGUUACAAACUUUAUUUCAAGCUGAUCCAACAACUGCUACACAAGUUCUAACCCUUGAAUAUUUACAGUAAAAUGAGAUGCUUUGAGUCAGCCAGUGCAUACAAAGCAGUAGUUGAACUCAGAAUAAAUGUGUUUCUUGAAAGAAUUUCAAAAAAUGGGAAAUUAAUAUAAUUUGAACUUGGAUAUUUGUCCUGAGGAGUAGGACAGGCAAUGCCAUUCAUGUGGCAGGGCAGAUCUCUCUGGUGGUCCACUACACAGUAGGAAAUGGGCUUCAGCUUUUCAUAAUCAAACUCCUCGGAAGUUUUUGAAGGUGCUGCUGUGCUGCUGUGCUGUGCUAAGCUGUUGGUUGCCCAGCGAGGUGGCUGAGCUGUGAUCCAGUGGGGAUGUCCCUUCCUGGCGCGCAUUGUUACCAAAUGCUCAAAAGAUGGGUAAAAUUCUUGGCACACAAAGAUCCUUUUCCAAUAUCCUAACUAUCUCCAUCCUUCAGUAAAGAACCACUUUGUGCAGUGCUAAUGCAGGUCUGAAUAAACACAGGACAUUGCUCCUGGCUUGGUCCUCCACCAACUGUUUAUCCGCCUGGAGAUGGUGCCAGUAGAUUUCCAGCAAUCUGCAGAAUCCUCUGGUGCAAAGCUAAGGAAAGGCAAAGCCCAAAGGAGCCCUUUACACCUGAAAAUGCACACUUUUGUACAUUACUGUGCAUAUCCUGUGUGCAUUAAGGCCUAAAUGAGGGCACAACCCCCUUAUGCUACAGUUGUCACGCUGACUUUGCAUACAAUGGAAAGAUGAACCACAAAGGCUUUGCUCUUAACAAAAGGAGUUUGUUUUGACUUCCUUGCUUUAGUAAUAAGAAAACCCUGAUGGAGCAAGAUAUGGCUGAAAGGUGUUUGAUAGAUUACUGCAGAGGAGCUGGCAAAAAAGAAAGAGACUGUUGCAUGUUUCAUAUUCAGAAAAUGAAGCUUUCACUUGCUGUUUCAUUCACAGAUGUGGUAUUGUCAAAUUGCAGGAAAAUGCCUGGCAGACUGUAUCAUUGACUAUUUUAGGGAGGAAAAAUAAUCAGAACACACUAUUUAUAGAAGCCACACAAAUAAGUACUGAGUUCUUAUCAGCCAAAGAUAACAUUAGUUGUGAUUUAUCAAAGUAAUCUUUAUUUUAUGUAAAAUGGAUAAUAGGGUGUAAUUUAAUCCUCUGUGAAUGUAAUGUAUAUUUCAAAGGGUCCUUUUUUGUCAAUAAAACCAUUUGUUGUACUCGUUAAACUAA